CAUACAGGGAGACACACGCACCGGAGCCGCUCAUCACCUGCCAAAGCAGGAAAUGAUUCCCCUUACCGAGACUAGUAGUCUGUUCACGGCCAAAUCAGUCAUCGUAAGACGAGAGGCUCCCGUCCAUGCGGGUGUGCUCUCUGCCACAGCAUCUCACUCACAGAGUACGCAGACCUGCGCUGGAUGGGUGCACGAGAACCAACUGAGGAAUUGAAGUGUACUGCGCGGAUGGUUGUCGGAAGAGAAGCCUCUGGCCUGCCUCCUGUAACUGCGCAGAGGGAAGGAGCCAACCGAGAAGAUUCGAAAUGAGUAGAAAGAUCUGCUCCUCGUCUCACACUGCUCAUCCACCUGCAUGUCUCAGGAGUGCAGCCACAAAGCACCACUGGAGUGAGGAGCAGUCCUCCCACGCCUUUUCAGACACAGCAGCUCUGUCAAGCAGUGAGGAGACGCCCCAUAACCCCUGCUCGUCUUCCCGGCUGAGGAAAGGAUCAGAGCCCCCACCGUCCCUCUUGGCUCUCUUUGAUGGUGGCAAGAAAGCUCACAAGCAGCACAGCUACGAAGAGGAGUCAAUGCACCCAAAACAGCAUUCCCUGGACAACAGUCACUUGAGUACCUCUCAACCUCACGGGUCACCAAAACACAGGCGUCGCAUGAGAUCGCCUGUGUUGUCCAGCAAAAAGAUGGAAAUAUCCCGAACUCCCUCCCACCCCCAGCUCAAUCAGACCACCAGCACUCCUCAUUUUCCCCACAGUCUGUCCACUCAGCCUCUGACCAAGGCCUCUUCCAUCCAGCAGUUGAGAGCUGCCUCUCCUUCAGACCUGGAGGAAGGACGCAACCAUCGCAGCUACUCUGGAGGCCGGGAAGACAUGAAGCGACUGAACCUCCCAAAGCUGCAGAGGCAAAAGCAGAGUGUCCAGAGCACCAGCAAGGAGUCUCUCCUCAGCAGCAAUACCAGUUCAGUUGGAUCUUUGAAUGUGAGGGAAGUGGAGAGAGAAGUGGGGAAGGAGAAUGCAGGUCGUGUUGUCAACAAGAGACUCAUGAGUGUUGAUUCAGUGCCCAUGCGCUCCUCUGCAAGGAGCUCUGCUGACAUGUGGCGUCGUAACAGUUCUCAGAUCGGGAUUCGCAGGGAAGGGGUGAGUGGCGGUAGAGGAGGCGUGCGGCCUCACUCCAUGGUGGAGACCUCCACACUUCGACCAUACUACCCCAUGGACUGGAACCCCAGUCCGUCAACUCUGGUGGCUCAGAUGUUCUGGACUGCCGUUAGCUUACUGGAGUCAGAUUUUGAGGCCGAGUUCUCCAUGGCUCUCAGACUUAUCUCUAAGAGUUUGGAGAAACUGGACCUUUCUCUGCCGGAGUCAUGGGAGAGUCUUCAGAAUCUGCUGCCAAAGUUUAAGUGGCCAACGUUUCCAGGGGUGCAAGCACUACUACUGAAGGGGCUGACUUUGGAUAGUGUCGCUCAAGACACGCUAUCUCUCUUGGUGCUCAUCACUCCGUUCUGCACGAAGCCAAUAUUUGAUCCCUCCCAGUACAGUGGAUUGCCCCUCAACAUUAUGGCUCUAAUGCCAUUCCUUGUCUACCACUUCAGUAGCCCAACUCCAUUCUGCCUCAAGGCUGUGUCCAAUAUUAGACAGGCCUGUGAGGCAGCUGAGUUACUGUCAGAGGAAAGCAAGUUGAAACUGCAGCACAUGAGCAGGAUGUUUCAGAUGUACAGUGAAGGAGAGUUCACCACUGGCUGUGACAUCUGGCUGGCUGGCAUUUGCCGCUACCUCAACGAGGCUUAUGCCUCUCUUGCAGUGCCAAUGCUGAAACUGCUCUCCACGAUGUUGGAGCAAGGCCCAGACCUUUACCAUCGACCAGUUCUGCGACUACUGUACGAAUACCUGCGCCUGCAAGAGCCUCUAGCCCACAGAAUGCAAGGUCUGGUCAACUCUACGAUAGUGGUGGUACACCGCCACCUAGCUGGGCCUCUGUGGAAGGAAGCAGUGGACUUGCUCAAGUUGGUUGUAGCCAGUUCGGCUGCUCUGGUCCAGCCCCCGACACGAGGCUUGCCGGUUGACCUGGGCCUGAUCCACCACACCCUUCCUGGACCAACUCUGCAGUUCAAGAUAGACCUCCAGCCAAACUCGAAAGAUCUGGGCCUUUCUCAUGAGUCAUUGGUCCAGUGUUCCUGGAAGAAUCCAGCAGGCAGCCAGCGCUGCACAAGAGAGCGACUGCUGAGUGUCAUCAAUGCUUGUAUUCCAAUCCCAGUACUGAUGAGCAGCCCUUCGGUUGUGUUUACGGAUGAGCAGGCCCUCAUGGAGAAGGCUACCAGUGCAAGUGAGGAGGCUAGCAGCUCUCUGGCCAGUGUCCCUGGAGACCUAUCCUCCCAACCGGAGGCACAGUCUCUCAUUGCCGAUGAGUUCAACUUCCUCGACAACAUGGAGUACAUCUAUGACAGCUCCAGUGAGAGCGAGACUCCUCCUGGUCCUUUCAGCCGUCCAGGGGAAGAGGGAGAGGUCGGGGAAGAGGAAGAAGAAGAGGAGGACGACGAGGAGAGCCUUUCAGAUUCAGAGACCCUGCCAGAGCUGAGCAUGUCAGAUCUUGACCGUGGCACUGCUCUCUCUUACUCCCACUCUCCUGAGUCAUCCCUCCCAUCUCUGCCAUAUGAACUGCAGAGUCUCUCUGGCCAGCUCGAGGCUCUAGGACAGAGUGGCGAGACCUUGCCCGAGGAGGAGGAGCCACUGCCAGAGGAGCCACUCCCUUUUUCUGAAGGUCCCCUGCACCAACACGAGUCCUCUCGUGCCUCAACUCUCACUGGGGGCUCUCCUGAAUCUCACGAUGCCAGUUUAGAUGCCGCCAGUUUGCCCGAGAAAGUUGUCAGUGGUGACGAAGACUGGUCUGGAGUGCCUGUCUCUAAAUCACAAACUCGGCCUGAUGGAAAGGAAAGGGCAACUGCAGCUUAUAAGGAAGGUCCACCUUCUGACUCAGAGAGCAGCAGAGACAGUAGCUGUCUAGGAACUGAAACUGAUGCAAGAAGCAAAAGAAACCAGAAACCUUUAGGCCUUGGUGGUAAGCCUGCAGCGUCUAGCAGAUGGCAGAGUGAGCCACCUGAAGACAGCCAACAGAGGAUUAUUGAAGUGCCAACUGAAGGCAGGGGUCGCAGUGAGCCUCCAUCUCAGAGCAGCAGCAGCAAGGUCUCAGCUGAAGGCAGCUGGCUGCAUAAACCUCCAGAUAAACGGAGUGGGCAAAGUAUGAAUCCAACUGGAGCAGGUUUUCGUGAGCCAACAGCUGACGAAAGGCAAAUCAGUGAGCCUCCAACUCAGCGACUAAUGGAAACUCCAGCGGAUGUCAGAGGUGGGAGUGAGCCUCCACCUGAUGCCAGAAGGCUAAAACCGCCUGAUGUCAGUUGGGUUAGUCAUAGCAGAGCAGGAGAACAAGAAAUCACUCAACCAGCAUCAACACCAAGGCAACUUAGUGUACAAUCUGAUUCACCAGAACGUGAAGAGUCAAAUGUAAAUGAACCUUCAGCUAAAUCAACUACAGAACCUUCAAUGGAAUCAAAUGAAACUACUGCAGAACCUUCAACUGCAGAACCUCCAAAUGAAACUACUGCGGAUACUGCAGAAUGUUUAGCAAAGUCAAAUGAACUAACAGCAGUAGAGUCAAACCUCAGUCGACUUGCAACAGAAUCAGAACUGGUAGAAGAACUAGUGAAACCACUCACCAGAAGUUCUCUGGAGCCAAUGGAGCUUAAUGGGGGUGUGGGAGAAGGAAGACAUGUUAGUGAGCCUCCAGCAGAAGGUCCUGGGAAACCUGAGGGCCAGGCUGGAGGUCGAGCAGUCAGUGAGCCUCCAAGCGACAGGUCUUCUGAGGGUCUGCCCAGACUGGACAAGAAGGAAGAGGAGGCCUCCCCAAGUGAGCCCUGUGAAGAGAAGCAGAGCUCCACUGAACCAACCGAUGAAGUCAGGGAUGAGAAUGGCUCUGUAGGGGAAGUUAAAGUGGGCUCAAGUCCUCCAUCGGCCCUGACAGCUGCAGAUGAGAGAACUGAUGUUCGAAAUGAUGAGUGGGUUCUGGUGGAACAAGUUGAUGGACACGAAAGAGAGUCUGUGGAGGAGCAGAUAGCAGACUUCACUUCAGUCCAGCCAUUCCAGAGUGCAGCAUCUCGUUUCAUCCUUGUGUCAAAUGAAGAGGCAAGAUUUACCAACUGUAUUGCAGACAUGUGGAAGAGACAUGUUGGGAGUCUUGGCUGUGAGAAGCCAGAGCAACUGGCUGUCCACACCCACUUCCUCUUUGUUCGGCUUUUUCCAGUGUUGAGGCAGCAGUUUACAGUUCUUACAAGGGAGGCCUGCAACUACCUUGGCCAUGCCUACAGCACAGUAGCAGCUCACUUCUUAGUGACAGUUGAGCUACUGGGCUCCCAGUUCCAGCUGCCCAUUGUGUACAUUGACUCCGAGCUGUUGGUGAAGGCAAAGUUAGUUGAAUCUCACGUGUUUCUGACUCUGGAGUUGGAUGGCAAUAUAGAUGUCUAUUAUGAACGUCGGAGGACUGUUUUACAGCGCCUGGAGCUGAUAAAACUGCAGCUACGACAACAGAGCAAGGGUGGAGAAUCGGAUGAGCAUGUGAAAGUUGUUUCUCUAUCUCCUGAACAAGCUGCAUUGCAGCUGUGUCAGGCAGUUCACAGGCUCCAUUUCCAGUUACUGGUGCUGCUUGGGAGCUACAUAAAGUUGCUGGACUCCCUGCAGCCGUACCUGGCGACAUGUGGGGGAGUGGAGAUGUCUCAGGAGCUGGCCGAGGUCCGAGCUGGUGUGGAGGAGAGUGUGCGGCUGCUGGGGCGAGUCCCCUCUCCUCUGUUGGAGCUGGUGACACAGCCUUUUGCUGAGGCUCUUCAGGUCCUGGAGGAUACACUCACUCAGAAACAGUGGUCUCGGGCUGUGCAGCUGCUUAGAGCAAUCAGGAGGCAGAACAGAGAUUUGGAUGUGUUAGGCGGCUCAGAGGAUGACGACGUCGACUGUUUGUUUUUCAUCUAUGCCAGGUUCUUAACUGACAACCAGGAAGGGGUUGUGAGCAUCACGUCAGAGAACAGUCAGUUGUCAGAUGUCCACAGUCGUCUAAUGGCACAGAAUGUAAGCCUGCAUUCCCUCCUGGAGACCACCCACCAGAACCUCUUGUCACCAUAGAAACACUUAUUAAUCAGCAGGCCAUUUUUAAAACUCAUUUUACCAACACAAAACACAGAGUGACUAUUUGCAAUAUCUGUCUGCCUUCAUUCGUUCUCUGCGGUCUAGCAAUGCUUCGUGAAGUCUUCCUUGUUGCCGAGCAGCCUCAAGGCCUUCCUUGCUCUCCCCACACACACGGACACGUCUGUCUUCCCAACUCUGAAACUUCUUCACAUAGCUGUACUCGACUGAAGCCACAUUUCUCUCUGCCAACUCUGACUCCUCUGUUCCAGUUUCCUUCUUCUUUGCUGCUGCUGGAAGGUCACUCCACAUCUGGUGAAUUGGCAGAGAAUAUAAGACAAUAGCACCAACACCAACUCACUGUCAUCACUUCUCUUUCCUGGGCCUUUUCACUGGCUGCCACGAGUCGCCCAUCGUCAGUAACUGUCAGGAAACGAUGAUUGCAGGCACACAGAGCAACUUUACCCUACAGGUAGUAGAGUAGGAUGCGGGAGAGAGCUCCGCAAGGUUGCUCACUGACCUCCUCAAACACAAGUUCCCACUGCUCUCUGGGCCCCAUGGCUUCUGUGCGACCUGCCAGGUCCCCAGAUAUAGCAACACUGACAUAUCGUCCAUAGGCCGUCUUGAUUGCCACUCUAUCGGUCUCCCCAACUCUGACCAGGCUAAACACCUCCCCAGCGUGGGGUCCCUCUCCGUCUUCCCUGGGUUCUCCCACACGGAAUUCACCAGUGUCUAGCGCUUGCACGUAGCCCCCCGUGCAAGUCAGCAGUAACACCCUUCCUCUAGCCGUCUCCUCUGCGUAGACUCUUCGGAAACACACCAUGGCGCAGGUCUUCUUCGUUCACUUCUUCUUGACUCUCUCUCUUUCUUUUUCGCCUUUUCUUUCCCUUUAGGGCCCCCGAGGCCGGGCCCUUGAGUCUUAGCUUUCCAACACGCACGGCCGAAUAGGCAGACAUCCCCUGGUGGUGUGGUCCGGUGAUCCCGCGCCCACCA